GCCGUCAGUUCGUUACUUCACUUCUACAAGUGAGGAUAUCACCUCAGUACUCCAGCACAUUCUCGUGAACUGCCAACAAUUCGAGAAAAACAAAAAAAUUGUGAGUCAACAGUCAACCGUGGAACACCUGCUCCCGAGUGAAAGAUCAUCAGGAGUUGAAAAAAAAUAAAAUCACAAGUCUCUGAUGAGGCUUUCCAUUCGAGCUCGAGUGGCCCAACCUCCAGGAACUGAUCGGCUUGUCAAGUGACCAAGUAAGGGGCCCUCAAAUGAGAUAAACCCCGAAGUCCAGUAAGCUAUAAUCCCACAAGUUUCAAUUCGAAUCCUCUCAGCAAAACUUGUCUCUCAAGGAUUUCUAAAAAACUUGUGCGAAAAAUAGAACAAUGGGGAGAAGGAAAUCGUGAUAAAAUAGGAAAACUGCAGACUAGGAAAUCCAAAAUAUAAUUUAAAAUCCUAGACAAGAGUUACCACAAAUUAAAAUUAUCAAUUCUCGUUAUAUCUCCUCAAAUUCCAAAAAUGUGGCCGAAAGACGUUGGAAUAGUCGCCCUAGAACUAUACUUUCCCUCCCAAUACGUGGACCAAACGGCCCUCGAAAAAUUCGACGGUGUCUCACCGGGAAAAUACACCGUCGGUCUGGGCCAAUCGAAGAUGGGUUUCUGCAACGAUCGAGAGGACAUAAACUCUCUCUGCCUGACGGUGACCCAUCGUCUCCUGGAUCGCUACAAAAUCCCCCCGAACGAGAUCGGUCACCUGGAGGUCGGUACCGAGACAAUUCUCGAUAAAUCUAAAUCAGUCAAGUCGGUGCUGAUGCAGCUGUUCGAGCCUUUUGGAGUGACUGAUGUGGAAGGCGUAGACUCGACGAACGCUUGCUACGGCGGAACAGCCGCUGUCUUCAACGCAAUCUCCUGGGUGGAGAGCAGCGCCUGGGACGGCAGGUAUGCCCUGGUGGUGGCAGCCGAUAACGCAGUCUACGCGAAGGGCUCGGCGCGACCCACGGGGGGUGCUGGUGCCCUUGCAAUGCUCAUUGGACCCAAUGCACCCCUAGUCUUCGAUCGAGGAUUGAGAGCCUCGUACAUGCGACACGCUUACGACUUCUACAAACCUGAUCUCAGGUCGGAGUAUCCGGUUGUCGAUGGCAAGCUCUCUAUCCAAUGCUACCUGAGUGCCCUUGACAAUUGUUACCAGAAGUACUGCGAGAAGUUCGAGAAGAAGAUGAGUGAGAAAGUGUCACUGAGAUCCUUCGACGCAAUGCUCUUUCACUCACCCUACUGCAAGCUCGUGCAGAAGAGCUUUGCAAGGCUGGCCUUCAUGGAUUUCCUGAAGCUCAAGAGGGAUGAAGUCCUGGAGAAAUCUCCGGAUUUGGAGAAGUUCCAUGGACUUCCUCCCGAGAAAACCUACUUCGAUCGAGACGUCGAAAAGGCCUUCAUGGAGAGGAGUCUCAAGGACUUCACAGAGAAGACCAAACCCAGUUUGUUCAUCGCCAAUUUAGUCGGGAACAUGUACACACCGAGCGUUUAUUCCGGAUUAGUUUCUUUAUUGAUAAGUAAAGGGAUACAGGAACUCGUGGGAAUGAGAGUUGGAGUGUUCUCAUAUGGGUCGGGUCUAGCUUCCAGUAUGUACUCGAUUACUGUGAGGGGGGGAGACGGUGAGGAGGGCCUGAAGAGACUUCUGAACGCCCUUGGGGGAGUCAGAGGAGAGCUGGAAGGGAGGAGGUGUGUGGAGCCGGAGGAGUACACGAGAGUGCUGGACGUCAGGGAGAGAAAUUGCCAUACUGUGCCCUAUCAACCAGAGGGUAGCGUUGAGGGAAUGUUCCCGGGGAGCUAUUAUCUGGUGGAAGUCGAUGAGAUGCACAGGAGGAAGUACCAGAGGGUACCUUGUGAGGAAUGAUGUCAAAAAUGUUGGGAAAGAUUUUUCGGGGUGGAAAGGAGUGUUGGGAGAGAUGCGGGGAGGGGAAGUGUUGAUGUUUUUAUCUGGAAGCAUUUGUCGAAUGAUAAGGGGUGGACGUCUUCAUGAUCCCUGAAGAAUUCUGACGCCAUGAUCCUUAACGCUUGUACUGAUAACUCGUUCAUAACUUUGCGAGACUGGUUUUUGUAAAUUUUAUAAAGCCCGAGAGGAGUUAGAUGAUGAGAAGCGCCACGGGGUGUCUCCCCCGAAGACCUUCAUGACCAGGAAUCUCAGACUUCCUGGAGGAGAUUCAGGAGUUUGUUUAUCGUUAAUUCACUCGGGACUAUGUGCACUCGAGUGUUUAUUCAGGGCUCAUUUCUUGGGGGAUUAGUAAAGCAGUGGAGAAAGCUACGACAAGCCUUCUGUACUAUGUUAGAGGGGGUGCUUGAGGUGGAUGGUGGAGGACCUCUGCGAAGUGAAAAAUUGUCAUACUGCGCCGUAUCAAUCAGACAGGGCAUCAGAGAGUCUUUUAAGGAAUUAUCUGCAGACCAUUGUGCAGGAUUUUUUGGGGAGGAUGAUUUAGGGAAAAUGUGGAGAGGGAGAUAUCUAUAUACGACGUUUUUUAUGAGGAGCAGUAUUGACUGGAUGGUCUGGGAAACUUGUAAAGUCCAAAUGUCAACCUACCUGAAUAUUUUAAAAGCACUUGUUCAGGGGAUAAUUACUAAAAGGCAAAUUGGUGUAAAUUUUCCAUAUCCGUACUAGGAGGAUUUUACAUCAUAAUUUGGCAUCAACGUUGCUGCUUGAUUUAUUUAUUCAUCAAUAAAUUUGGGAAUUCAGAGGAUAUGAAAUGUUAAUUCUAGGGACAUGUGCCUUCGAGUGUAAAUGCACCCAAAGAUAAAAAUAUAUUCUAUUGUGCUCGAACAACUGCUGGGACUUUUUAUACCGAUUCAUAGGGGCCAGUGGAGGCUCAGGGGUUUUGUAUAAAUCAUUAUCACGACUAAUUGUUUCUAUUUGUUUAUUCAAUUGUCGUAGAAUGUUAAAUAAAUUUUCUCUCAUAAAA